UUCAGCGCACAACCAAACCAAGGCAACACUAGCAAUAAUGCAAGGUCUUGUCUACACUGCAAAAGCCCUUUACACUGUUACUCUUACUCGUCCUAGUCUAUACUGCAAUAAUGCAAGGUCUCUUCCCCACACCUCACAUGCUUGCAAGAAGAGGAGGCUUCCCCACAGCUCACCGCGAUUGUGCUAGCUCUUUCCAACCAUAGCUCCGCUCUUUCUUGAUUUCGUUUUCUGGAUCCGGUGCGUGAUAAGUAUGCUGCUACUGGAUGUGAUGCAGGUGUGACAACUUGUGUUCAGUUUUCUCUGCCCUCUACCUUGAUGUUGAUCCUCUCCAGGAACUUAGAGAAAAAACUUCAUCCUAGUAAAAAUCACUACUUUUCUCCUUGAAAGACUCUAAAGAAAAGGAGGCUUCGUUAGUUCAGUUCUAAACCUUGUUCUCCGCUGAUAUGUUCUGGUUCUAGCAUAACCAGCAGUUUUUAUGCAGGCAGAAGAGGAGGCUUUAUUAGUUGCUACUGUUGUUUAGAUUUCUAGCCAUUCCUCUGCUCCAGUGUCUCAUUUGCUGCUGUUUGAUCUGGUGAACUCCAUGGCCAACUGGCAUCAGGAGAUCAAGUCGAUCAUAGCUGGAAGUUUUGUUCCUUUUCUUCUCUCGGUCUAAUCAGUAUACAACUCGCGAUUAAAUUCUUGCAACGACCCUACUUACUGGGACCAAAUACCAGAAUUAAUGGACAGAUUAAAUUCUGAUCCAAAUCUGAGAAUCCUUCUGGCACUGCAAGGAACUAAAUUCAUUUCUGCACAUUGCAUGUGAUGGCCUGAGGAUGAGGAUCGACUUGACAACACAUGAUAUGUAUUUAUUAGCUCUGUCCAGUGCAGUUGCAGCACUCUGCUACUGCUUUAUCUGAGCGCCUUAACCAUUGUGUCCAAGUGGAGAGAUUUGGUCUUAGCUAGUUUCCCUUCUGUUCAUAUCCACUUGAAGCCCCUCCUCUCCUCACCACGAUCGAAACUUACUCCUGAACUGACUGACCAGGAGAACAUUCAUCCAUCUCAAAGCAAAAGGCAGCAGAAAGAGAGUCCUUAAUGGCGAUGGUCCUGGAUGCUUUUGCAUCCUACCUGCAAGGCAUGCUGACCGAGAUGGCGGCGGAUGCGAUACAUCUGCUGCUCGGAGUCUCCGUCGAGAUUGACAAGAUGAGUGAUAAGCUAGGGGACCUCAAGAACUUCCUUGCCGAUGCUGAUAGGAGGAACAUCACCGACAAGAGCGUGCAGGGGUGGGUGACGGAGCUCAAGCGCGCCAUGUAUGACGCCACCGACAUCCUCGACCUCUGCCAGCUCCAGGUCAUGGAGCGUGGAGAGUCCACUGUGGAUGCAGGAUGCUGCAAUCCCUUCCUCUUCUGCAUAAGGAAUCCCUUCCAUGCUCAUGACAUGGGCACCCGCAUCAAGGCGCUCAAUGAGAGGCUCGACAGCAUUGGGAAGCGGAGUGCUACAUUCAAAUUCAUCGAUCUUGGGUCUUAUGAAGACCGUGGCAGGAAUAUGCAUGCCUCUCGUCAUGGCAAUCCUAAUCGGGAAACGUCAGGGGAGCUCGACCAGUUGGGUGUGGUCGGAGAGAAGAUCGAAGAAGACACAAGGGCAUUGGUGGACAAGAUCUUGCAGACACGCGAGGGUGUCACCAACAACAUCAUGGUGUUCGCCAUUGUAGGCGUCGGUGGGAUUGGCAAGACCACCCUUGCCCAGAAUGUCUUCAACAACCAAUCCAUUCAAAGUGAGUUCGACAAGAUGAUAUGGUUGAGCAUUAACCAGAACUUCGACCAGACUGAGUUGCUCAGAACAGCCAUCACCCAUGCCGGGGGAGACCAUUGUGGUGAAAAAGUAUUGUCCGUGCUUCAACCAAUCCUUACCAAGGCACUAAAAGGGAAGAAGUUCUUUCUGGUGAUGGAUGAUUUGUGGAGUCAUGGAUCGUGGGAGGGUGUGCUUCAAACACCCUUAGUCAAUGCUGCUGCUUCUGGCAGCCGAGUUCUCAUCACUACUAGAGAUGAAGCUGUUGCCCGAGGGAUGACAGCCACAUGGCCCCACCACUACAUCGACACAUUAUCGCCUGAUGAUGCUUGGUCAUUGCUCAAGAAACAGGUAGUACUCUCAGGUGAAAGAGAUGAAUACGACGUCAAUAUCCUGAAGGAUAUCGGAUUGAAAAUCAUACAAAAAUGUGGUGGUUUGCCACUUGCCAUCAAAGUAAUGGGAGGACUCUUGCGUCAAAGGGAGAUGCAUCGUCGUGACUGGGAGCAGGUUUUGGAUAAUUCUGAUUGGUCAACUAGUAAAAUGCCCGAAGAUCUCAAUAAUGCAGUAUACUUGAGCUAUCAAGAUAUGCCUCCUGAACUGAAGCAGUGCUUUCUAUACUACUCUCUUCUUCCUAAAAGUAGAGGGUUUAAUGUGGAUCAAGUUGUUGCAAUGUGGAUUGGUGAAGGAUUUAUUCCUGGAAACUCUAAUCAUCUAGAAGAAACGGGAAGAAAUUACUAUGAGGGGUUGUUAUCUAGGAACCUUAUACAGCUAGAUGAGCUAGAUGAUUUUCUUUUUCAUCAAAAGUUUUGCAGCAUGCAUGAUGUUGUUCGCUCAUUUGGUCAAUAUAUGGCUAGAGAUGAAGCACUCGUAGCUCAGGAUGGAGAAAUUGAUAUUCUUGACAAACUUAAUUCCAAGAAGUUUCUUCGGUUGUCUAUACAAUUAGAAACCGACGAAGUGCAAUCAGAUGAUUUGGAUUGGGUAUCUUUGCGAGAGCAGCAGCAAUCAAUGAGAACAUUAAUCUCAACUGUCCCAAUCAAGAUGAAGCCUGGUGACUCAUUGGUUACUUCUUCGAGUCUACGGACUCUAUAUAUAGACUCUGAAGAUGUGGCUUUAGUUGAAUCGUUGCAUCAACUCAAGCACCUGAGGUAUUUGAAUCUCAUCUCAGGAAAAUGGAAUCAAGCAAAUACUGGUAUAUCUGCACUUCCAGAGGAUAUUGGCAAGAUGAUUUUUUUGCAGUACCUUGGCAUUAAUAAUUGUAAAAAUUUGGUGAGUCUUCCUGACAGCAUUGUGAAGCUUGGCCAUCUGAGAUACGUUAACCUUCCGGAGAAAGUAAGUAUGAUACCUAGAGGGUUCCGUGGUCUGACAAAUAUGAGAAUUCUAUGUGGGUUUCCAGCUCUUGUGGAUGGUGACUGGUGCAGUUUGGAUGAGUUGGGGCCUCUUUCCCAACUCAGAUUUCUGAGACUAGUAAAACUGGAGAAUGCAUCUUCUGCUGCUAAUGCUAGCCUUAGUGAGAAGAAACAUCUUACCAACCUACUCUUGCACUGCACCCCAAGAGAGAAGCUGAAUGAAGAUGAGCAGCAACGGAUAGAGAAGGUGUUCAAUGAGCUCUGCCCUCCGUCCAGUGUUGAAAAUCUUGAUAUUUAUGAUUAUUUUGGCAAGAAACUCCCGAGCUGGAUGAUGUCCACACCAAGGGUGCCCCUGAACAACUUGAAGUCUCUGUUGUUGUGUCACCUAGCUUGCUGCACCCAACUUCCCGAUGGGUUGUGCCAUCUCCCCUGUCUGCAGGUGCUUGAGGUUGUCCGCGCUCCAUGCAUCAAGCGUGUUGGAAAUGAAUUCUUGCAUACCUCUCAGGCGACAGCAGUUCCAUUUCCGAGAUUGCAAAAGAUGCUCUUAAAUGGAAUGAUGGAAUUGGAGGAGUGGGAGUGGGAGGAGAAAGUUCAAGCCAUGCCCCGUUUGGAGGAGCUUUUGCUCUGGAAUUGCAAACUGCGGCGUGUUCCUCCUGGACUUGCCUCCAAUGCAAGGGCUUUGAGAAAGUUAUCAAUAGAAGAUGUGAAGCAGCUCAGCUACCUUGAGAACUUUCCUUCUGCCGUUGAGCUUACAGUUGAUGAAUGCCCCGACCUGGAGAGGAUCACUAAUCUCCCCAAACUGCAGAAGCUCACCAUCACCAGAUGCCGGAAGCUGAAGUCAGUGAACGACGUGCCUGCACUGCAAAGGCUGGUGCUGCAGGAUGACGAGAUGGAAACUGUCCCUGGAUACUUGAGAGAUGUGAACCCGAGGCAUUUCGAGCUAAGAUGCAGCCUAACGCUGCUCACUUCCAUUGCGGCGGGGGAAUCUGGACCAGAGUUUGCCAAGUUCAGACACGUCGACCAUGUGAAGGCCAGACGGCUAUACACAAGUGAUUUCUACGUGUUGUACACAAGAGGGCCGUGCAGCUUCGACACAAAUGUCAAUCCGUCAUUCCUGUCUAGAGGAACUCUACCUAUUUUUGAGGAUGCACAAAGGCUCGAGUCUGCGCUGAAAAUGCCAAGAAGAGCCUUCGACUACGUCUGCAACUUAUUGAAGGAGAACUCUUGGCAACAUGCGAACAAAUACACCUUUCCCGAUGGGAGGUAUUUGUGUUUAGAAGACGGAGUUGCCGUCGCUCUGAUAGUGCUCAACUCUGGCGAGACACCUGCAACCGUAGGAUCCUCCGUUGCCUUGAAUGAGUCAACCGUCUCGCAGGUAACCGAGAGCUUUGUUGUUGCUAUGGACACACCAGGAUGGCCAGGCACCACUGAAAUGGAGAAGAUCAAGUACAAGUUUGACAAGAUCCGCGGCCUGCCAAACUGCUGCGGUGUUGUACAUGCAGCUCGCAUCCCAUUUGGGUCUCAAAACAGCGACCGUGAGAAGAAGAAUGAAGACCUGCUAAUGCAAGUCGUUGUUGAUUCAGAUAUGAGGUUCAUAGAUGUUCACUUGGGAUCGCCAGACAACAUGAAGGAGUCAAGCAUUUCGCAUGACUCCAAUCUCUUCAAGCGGUGCGAGAAGGGUACUAGGCUGAAUGGUAGCAAGCUGAAUUUAUCGGAUGGACGGCAAGUUGGAGAAUACGUGAUUGGGGAUGCCGGAUAUCCUCUUCUUCCCUGGCUGCUCACACCUUACCACCCGGAGAAUGACCUCUCAGAUUAUCAAGUGGAGUUCAAUAGGAGACAUUCAGAAGCAAUGGCCGUUGUGCCGAGGAGUGCACUGGAAAGAUUGAAAGACACAUGGAAGUUCCUGCAUGGACGGGGGUGGCACCCGGAAGAUCAAUAUGUGCUGCGGAACGCAAUCCAAACAUGCUGCAAGUUGCAUACCAUAGUGAUAGAAAUGGAGUGUAAGGCAGGCACAACGAGCUAUGGCGCCGGUAGCAAAGAAGUACGGCAGUUAGCAGAUGAGGAUGCGGCCAUGGCAAGGGAUAUAUUGUCGCAACAUUUGACCAGCAAACCAUUGGAAUCUGGAGGAACCCUGGCUAUUUUUGAGGAUGCGCAAAGACUCGAGUCUGUGUUAAAAAUGCCAAGAACAACCUUCGACUACGUCUGCAGCUUGCUGAAGGAAUCGUCUUUGGAAAUUAUGAACAGCUAUUUCUUUUUCGACAUGAGGUCCUUUUCUUUAGAGGAGCGAGUAGCCAUCGCUCUGAUAAUGCUCAACUCUGGCGACCCACCUGCAACCGUAGGAUGCUAUAUUGGUGUCAACGAGGCAACCGUCUCGCUGGUAACUCGGACGUUUGCCGGGGUUAUGUUGGAGCGAGCAUUGGAACACUUGUGGUGGCCAGGCUCCACCGAAAUAGACAAGAUCAAGUACAAGUUUGACAAGAUCCAUGGCCUACCAAACUGCUGUGGUGUUGUACAUACAGUUCACAUCACAUCUGGAUCACACAACAAAGAUCAUGAGGUGAAUGACGACAUGCUAAUGCAAGCUGUCGUUGAUACAGAUAUGAGGUUCAUAAACACUUGGUUGACAUCGCCAGACAGCAUGAAACAGUCAAGCAUUUUGCAUGACUCUGAGCUUUUCACGGAGUGCGAGAAAGGUACUGGUCUGAAUGGUAGCAAGCUGAAUUUACCGGAUGGAUUGCAAGUUGGAGAAUACAUAAUUGGUGACGCCGGAUAUCCUCUUCUUCCAUGGCUGCUCACACCUUACGAGCUGGAGAAUGAGCUCUCAGAUUCUCAAGUGGAGUUCAAUAGGAGACACUUAGAAGCUACAACCAUUGUGCCGAGGGCUGUAACUAGGUUAAAAGACACAUGGAAAUUCCUGCACGGAGGGGCAUGGCGCCCACAAAAUCAUCAUUGGGCAAUCUAUGCAUGCUUCGUGUUGCAUAACAUAGUGAUACACAUGGAGUGUAAGGCAGGUACAACGAGCUAUAACAGCCAGCAUGUGCGCCGGUUAGCAGAUGAGGACGCGGUGGUGGCAAGGGAUAUAUUGUCGCAACACUUGACCAGAAAACCAUUGGAAUCUGGAGGAACCCUGACUAUUUUCGAGGACGCACAAAGACUUGAGUCUGUGUUGAAAAUGCCAAGAAGAACUUUCGACUACAUCUGCAGCUUGCUGAAGGAAUCGUCUUUGGAAAUUAUGAACAACUACUUCUUUUUCGAUAUGAGGUUCUUUUCUUUAGAGGAGCGAGUAGCCAUUGCUCUGAUAAUGCUCAACUCUGGCGACCCACCUGCAACUGUAGGAUCCUUUCUUGGAGUGAACGAGUCAACCGUCUCGCUGGUAACCAAGAGCUUUGUUGAUGCCAUGUAUGAGAGAGCAAAGUACCAUGUGUACUGGCCACAAUCUGAUGAAAGGGAGAAGAUGAAAUCCAAGUUUGCCAAGAUCCAUGGCCUGCCAAACUGCUGCGGCGUUUUACAUACAACUCAUGUAUCACCUGCGUCAAGAAGCUGGGACCAUCAGGACAAGGACAGCAUUUUAUUUCAAGGCGUCGUCGGUCCAGAUAUGAGGUUCACAAGCAUUUUGGUGGGACUGCAGGCAGGUAACACGAACCAGUUGAGCUUUUUGCAUGAUUCUAUGCUCUUCAAGGAGUGCGAGAAGGGUGCAUGGCUGAAUGGCAACAAGCUCAAGGUAUCAUCAGAAGAAGUUGGGGAAUACGUAAUUGGUGACGCAGGAUACCCUCUUCUGCCCUGGCUGCUCACACCUUACGAGCUGCAGAAUGACCUCCCAGAUAUCUCUUCUUAUCAAGCUGAGUUCAACAGGAGACACUCUUCAGCUAGAAACAUCACGCUGAAGGCGAUGGCAAGGUUCGAAAGCACAUGGAAGAUCAUGCACAGCGAGUGGCGCCCGGACAAUCCAAGGGAGAUGACCAGAGCAAUCAACGUGUGCUGCAGGUUGCAUAACAUAGUGAUAGGCAUGGAAGAGGGUGCACGCAUGCCCAGUGAACAGGAGGUGAAUUACAGCGACGAUCAAGUGCGCCAGUUAGCAGAUGAGGACGCUGUCAGGAUGAGGGAUAUACUGUCCCAGCACUUAUUAACCAGCAUAUCAUCUCAAUCUGAAGAGGAGCAACAGGAAAUAUUUGCUUCAUCCGGCUCAGGGUAUAGGGCAAAAUGCGAAGCACGGGAAGAGAAUUGGUGCUAGCCUGCUGGUGGAAGGGAAGCCAGCCAGCCAGCCUUGUUCAUCUUCAGUUAUGCAUAAAUGCAGAGCAGCCCUGGCAAUGGAGCCAAAGCAUAAUGCGAGCUGCACAACAUGGAUAAAAUGUUCCAACAUUUUUUAAAUUUUGGUUCAUCUCUUUGUCAAGUAGUACAACUGUUAUGUGGUUUGUAUUGUAUAAACGCAGGGUGAGCUUUUAUGUGUCAAGAAAUUCAUAAUGUAAUUUCUAACCCUUCAGUUUAUGGCCAUCAUUCAAUCGUACGUUCAUUCCAGCUAUUUGUGA